ACUGCUGGGCUCGCCUUCUCACAGGGAGGGGAAGUAUUUACGUGGAGGGGGAUGCUGUAGACGUCCAAAGACAAACACAAGCAGUGGCUGUGGCAGCCUAUCAUCCUGUCCCCAAGGACACAACGCCAUGAAGGGACCAUUGGUACACAGUACGUUUUGGCUUAUCUGCCUACUAUUUCAAGCUUCUGGAACCGAGAGACAGGCGGAAGAGAAGCCCGGAAUGCCCACACGGCCACCACUCUGGGAUCAGACAUCUAGAACUGAAUAUGGCUAUCAGAGACACAGCAAGCAGCCAGGAAGGUCAGAGUGUGUUCGCUGCUGUGAUCCUCCUGCAACACAUCCCAUGUACUACCCCGUGCCUCAGAUCAACAUGACCAUCCUGAAAGGUGAGAAAGGGGACCGUGGUGAUCGUGGCUUCCAAGGGAAGUUGGGAAAAGCCGGCGCAGCAGGCAAGAAGGGUGAGAUUGGCUUCAAGGGGCAAAAGGGCAACAUGGGAUCACCCGGAGAGAGCUACAAGACCAACUACGCUGCCUUUUCGGUGGGUCGGCGGAAACCCUUGCAUAGCAAUGACUAUUACCAGAUACUCGUCUUUGACACUGAGUUUGUGAACCUCUACGGACACUUCAAUAUGUUUAUGGGCAAGUUCUACUGCUACGUCCCAGGCAUAUAUUUCUUCAGUCUCAAUGUGCAUACGUGGAACCAGAAGGAGACCUACCUUCACAUCAUGCACAACACAAAAGAAGCAGCCAUCUUAUAUGCACAGGCUAGUGAUCGGAGCAUCAUGCAGAGCCAGAGCCUCAUGAUAGAGCUGCAGGAUCAGGAUGAAAUCUGGAUUCGGCUCUUUAAGGGCGAACGUGACAAUGCUGUGUUCAGUGACGAAUAUGACACCUACGUCACCUUUAGCGGAUAUCUGGUGAAGCCCAGCUCAGAGCCUUGAAUCAGAUAGCAGAUGGACAGCUUGUUCCUAUCAGCUUUGGCUUGUCCCCUUUUUUGCUGAUUUCUAGCACUGCUCGCUGCUGGGGGUGGGGGGGCACUCACUUGCACUGGAAGCACCCACAGAACUCGGACCUUGAUGAGAUAGUCUAAACUAGGAUCUCUCUUUCGAUAAACAUGGCUUUUCUUCUACAUCAGCCUUACCUGGUUCUCUCCUAAUGUGAUGGGCUAGAACUUCUAAAAUACUGGUAUUGUCCAGCUACAUUUUUCAGUCCAGUUAGGUUUGAGACUUUGGAAAGACGCAAUCCAACAUAUCUUGAGGAUCCCAAACUGGAGAUUGAAUCUUACUACUUUAUCUUGAAUUUCAUUGAUCAAAGCACUCGUCUCUUCCCAGAUUAUAAUUUAAUGGUUGCCCUGGUAUGUCUGCCAUACUUGGAGGUCUUUCUGUGGUACUAGGAUACACAUCCAUUAUCUCCCUCUGACUUCUGGUCUUUCUAAUAACCAGCAUUGAACUUCAUCUUUCCUGGUGGAAUCUCCACCCUCACAGCUAUGAAAUUGUACUACCUCUCAUUCAUGUCCAUAUUGACCUUAAUCUCCAGUAUUAAUUUCCAAACCUUCUCCAGCAGACUCUGCUGUGCUCCGAGAGACAGUGUUAGAUAGCCCUACCGUUUGUGUUUUGAGCAUUCAGAUGAUCCCCUCUAUGUAUAUGAUUUAACACUUUUUCGCCAUGGACUUCUGUCCUUUUUCAUUUAACCUUUUAGGUCUUUGACUUCUCUGCAAUGCACUUAAGCCUUCUUCUGUCCCCUAGCUGGACAUUGUGUUAAUGCCACCUAAUAAUAAAAAGCUUGUU